AUGAUUUCUAGAAAACGGACACUUGAAGACACACGCGUCGACCAAAUCUGGCAACCAGAAAGUCAGCAGAUUCUUUCAAAUGAUACUUAUCAUAAAGAAAAGAGAUUUCAGACACACAAGAUCCAUACAGAAGUUCAUACUAAGACUAUUCAGAUGAUGAUGAAGGCUCAAUUGGAAUUGCAGAAGCAAUUGAAAGAUAAUUCCCAAUCGACUGACAUUCAAUGUGAUCAUGAAUCUCAAGAUUCCACUGCGGAUGAUUCACGAAUGCAUUCUACAUAUUAUCAGCGUCCUUAUUGGUGA